UAUAGCCUAGAUAGCCUUCCGAAGACCUUGUCAUUUCGCAGGCUCAUCCGUUUUUUCCCUUCGGCGCUCUGGUCACCUAUUCAAUAUCAAAUUAUGUUGAAAAAUAGCCGGUUCGUAUGCCUACUGUGGAUAUUAUUUGAAAGUGCCUAGAAUGAGAAUCUUCGCGUAUUUUUGCUGAACUGUGCCACGCUUCCCGCGCAGCGGCAGGUUUCUCUCAAACGCACCGAAUUGCCUGGAAGGCAACAGUCGACACAAAACCUUGGAGUAGACGCAAUGGAGAAUUUAAUCUAAAGAGGAACACAUGGGGAAAGACACAAAGGAAUAAGAGGGACCAUACGUAAGGACAGAUAUUGCUCAUAAACGCAGCAUAUCUUUUUCAAAUGUGAAGUGGCCAGAUGUGGAGAAAAUCACGAAUUUAAUUCGGUUUUUAAUUAGGCAUUUUUAUUUAUUAAUUCGGUGGGUUUGUAUAGUCAUAUCCAAUAAUAUAUCGGAAUGUAGCUUAGUAUGGUAUCUAUACGACCACUGCUAUAAUAAGAAAUGGUGCAAAGUUAGAUCGGUCAAUAGGCCUGCUGUAAAGUUAUUUCUACAUGCCUUAAUGGCCACAAUCACUCUUAAUUGUUGUCUAUGGAAUGACCUGUUAUCCUGACCUGUAGGGACCAGUGUUACCAACAACAAAACAAUAAUAAUAAAAACAUGCACCGGUUUAUUGGUAUGAACAAGAACAAAAAUGUAAAUGUAAGUAGGCAGACUGCAAGUACUCUGGAUAAGCGCAUCUGCUAAAUGACUCAAAUAUAAAUGUAAAACAUAAAUUAUCAUAAGUGUUGUGGAAGGAUUUGUUGAUGGACCUGCAUAUUUAUUUUUUGCAAAUAUAACACUUUUUUACAUUGAAUAGUGCAUUACAUCACCCAAACUCAUUACACAAUUAUCUGUCUUCCAGGAUAUGCACAAAUUCCAUCAGACACACUAAUGUUGUUUUCUACUUUCUGAGCCUAAACUCAACAUGCCUUCCUGAAAAAUCUCAUCGCAAAGAAUCACUGAUCAUAUCAGCUGCUAGUCCAUUUACCACAUGUUGCUUUUUUCUGUGUGCACCCAGUCACAUUGCCAACCAAUCAAUGCGUCCAGAUUAUAAAUAGUUGAACAAAAGCUUUAAAUGAACAACCAGGUUUACUGAAACCUGAGGCGCAGUGCAUUAUUUCUUCAUCAUUGGUAACUAAAUACGGGGGUGUGGAGACUGUGGACUCUGUACAGGCUGCACAGGCACGAGUCUGAUUUAGUACGGAGGCCGGUGAGGUAAGGAGGAGGCUGUAUAUUCCUAACACUAACGGGGCACUGACAAGGACGCAGCCUAGAGCUGACCUCCUCCUCACCUGGCCACCCCCCCUCCUCCCCACACAGAGGGAUGCCCCCCAGGCCGAGCAGCAGCUGAAGAGGAGGACAAAAAGGUUACUCUGACUGCGCCUCACCAGAAGAGGUCCUCCUCUCCUCUCUCAGACUGGUUGGGACGCUCCAGUUGAGUUUUCUUUGACUCAUCCUCACCGGAGUGAGAGAGUGAAGACCUUUUGAAGAUCCAGAGGUUCUUACUGUGGGAUCACAUUUAUUUGGAGUAGCUGAUAAUAGACGCAGACCUACAGUCUUGCUUUGUCUUUCCCUGUCUGUGGGGUGUGUGUGUGAGAGAGUGCUUGUGGGUUGGCACCGGUGAGAGCGUCUCCCUUCCCAAAGCCAGGAUGUCUGCAGUUCAGCUGCUGCUGGUCCCGCUGGCGCUGUGGGCUCUGCAAGCGUCUCUAUGCCAUGGAGCCUGUGUGGAGGUGGACUCUGACACUGACGCAGUGGUCAGCGAAGGCUUUAAGCUGGGCUGCAUCUCCUGUAAGAUGAGGGGCGAGGUGCCCGCCGAGGCCACUGUUGAAUGGUCCUUCAUGCCCAAAGGGGAGAGCGAGUUCACAAAAAUCUACAGCUACGAGGAUCUAAUGAGCGACAUCCCGGACGAGCGCUUCUAUGAGCGUCUGGACUGGAACGGCAGCAAGAAGACCAAGGACCUGCAGGACGGCUCCAUCUACAUCCUGAACGUGACGUGGAACGACACGGGCACCUACCGCUGCAUCUUCAACCGCACCCUCACCUUCACCUCCUACGGGUUCCACACUGACGUCACCAAGAUCGUCCACCUCAACGUGGUGCCAAGACUGACCAGGGGGAUAGCGUCCAUCUUGUCUGAGGUGAUGAUGUAUGUCACCAUCGUUGGGCUGCAGGUAUGGCUGGUGGUGGAGAUGAUUUACUGCUACAGGAAGAUAUCAGCGCAAGGCGAGGAAGCAUUGAGAGAGAGCGCGGCGGAUUACUUAGCUAUAGCUUCGGAGAGUAAAGAAAAUUGUGCAAUGGUGGCAGUGACCGAAUAGCACUGGUUAAAUAAUGGCUCCAGACGAUGAAUAGCUCUCGAUAGCCCUUCAACACUUCACCCCUUCUUCCAGACUUCCAUUAUGACACCAUCUCAUUACCCCAUCCAGGAGGAGCAGCCAAGAGGCUUGUCCAGAGAACAGAUGGAUGAGAAGUGAAACAGCCAAUGGAAAAAAAGGGACAUUACUUUAUUUAAAUGCAAAUAUACAGCAUGUGUACUAUCGAGCAGUACUAUAAUAUCAAAGAGAGUUGUAUAUACAGUACGUAUGCUUAAUUAUGCAAUCCAAAUCUUCAUUGUAACACUCCUACAUUAUAUUAAGUUAGUUCAUACAUAGUAGUGAUACAUCAUAACCAUUGGCAUUAAUAUGUUUCUAAAGGUACAUUUCAGGAUUCUAAAUUGUGAUUGUAUCAAAGCAAUUAGAGAUCAGAACUCAACUGCAAUCUUACUUGGCUUCAGUAGCCGGUCUUGAUCAGACCUUCAAUGGCUAUUAUGCGCAGAUCCAGACUAGCCUACCGGUAUAUUCAAAAGCAUCCCAGUAAAACCUUAAGAAAGUUAUGCAUUCAGGUUAAUGAAAUGAGUACCCCCUGGGGAGUAGUAGCCUAACACACGGUUGACUAGCUGCAAGUAAUGGAUUGUACACAUCCAGAGCAACUAUUUCUGUUUGACAACAUCUGUCUACCUGUUAAAAGGUUAAAGCAUUAAUGUUCUAGUAAUGUUACCAAUAGGAUAACUCUCUCAAGCUCAAAAAGUACAUUAGGAUCAGGGCAAAUUCACUAUCCAGUGUCUAGUGUAGGACUCAUGCCUGUACAUACUGUAGAUCGAGAAGGACUGUAGCUAACUAUUUAUCAACGCAAUGGAAUCAUUUUCACAUAACCGGUAGGUCUCUGAGAUUUCGCGAGAGAAACGGACGGUUGUGAUUCCAUGGACAUUCAUUUGGACAUCAGCUUGUGAGGGUUGCUUGUGUCAGACGACUUAAGGUAAUGAGUAAAUUGCUCAAAGCUAUAAUUAUCCACCAAUGUAUCCUUCUAGAAAGUGUCACAUUAUAGCAGUGCCAUUUUUAAAUGUUGAGACUAUCAUUCUACCGUUGUGACUGGAAACCUCCAUACAUUAUACAUAUAUUUAUUGCAGUAUAAUUGCAUUCUCUCCAUAUUUCAUUAAUGCUUAAUUUGCUAGAAUAUCCUGACCAUAUUUACAACAACCAAGGGCAUGUGAUAUUAGCUACCAUUUUACUACCGUGGGAAACUACCACAAUUUGUCCAGUGUGUCUGGAGCAGGAAUGUCUGUGACUGGUCAAAGACCUGAAAUGGUUUAAACAAGACGCUAAACUGGUUUAAAACAAGUUAUUUAAUGAAGAUACCUAAUGUGAGCAGAAACUAUACUAUAUACAUAGUGUUGGCUUAGUGCUCAUAUCGAUCAGUCCCUAUGGAGCAGAGUACAGUGAGCUGCUAUUGAAAACUGACAUCCCUGUCGUUCCUAUUUGGCAGUCAAUUCUGAAUUAUACCUCCAGGGGCAGCAUAACACUGCCUAAUGUGGACUGCCAUGUUGCAUACAUACUUUCUUAUAGAAUGUCAUUGGGAUCUGGGUUUGCUACAUUUGAAGUACAGAAAAGUGAAAGAAUAAUAGGAUUGUUAUCGCAUGAUAACUGCAACGCGUGAACAAAUGAUCAUUCAUUAGAAUUAAUGUUCAAGAUUUAGAAUUAUUCAAAAUUCCUAAAAAAAAAAAAAAAAGUCACGCCGAUUUGGUCAGGUUAGAGUUUCUAUUCACCUUUCACAGAACUUCAACAUUAAAUAGCGGAAUAUAUGUUGGAAAAAACAACAGGCUUAAAACAGGGAAUAAUCUACUUAAAUGUUCACUGAAGAGAGCUUUUCCAGUUCACAUUACUAUGGAAAUGUUGCUUGCCAAAACAGUCAGCUUUAUACCAUAAUACAAUUGUCAUGUGAGAAUGGAGUAGGCUUUAUGUCUGGUUUAUUAAAUCAAAACAAUCUC